AUGAUACGAGUGCAAGUUCUCCCUCUAUCACAGGUCUCCAAAAUUUCAGGAGCCCAUCCGGUACCAUACAGGGCAUUGGAAGAGAGUCAUCGAGUCCAACUUGCAGUUUGCACUUUCAAAAUUGUUCCUUAAAAUGUAAGGAAGCCUUCAUUCCGCCCCUCACUUCACGCUACGCCGCCAAGCAGGUUUACAAGUAUCAUACACAGAGAUUGUACUAGUACUUCCCUCUUUCCCCUUUUCAGGAAUAGUCCUUUCAAGUACGAGUAUCAUACUACCACAGGAAUACUAGUACUUGUAGUAGUCCAGCAGGAUGCAAGUAGAAUUGUAGGAAGGAAACAGGAGGGUAAGGCACAUUCAGACUCCACACGAACCCGAACACCCGUACCUUCCACACACCCAGUUCUCUCCUACAUGAUAUAAGGAUUGGGGGCUGCGACAGAAUCCAUUACACUUCAGCGAAGUGUGAUACCCCGUUAAGAGCGCGAGAUCCGGGACAAAUCCAGUGUAAUCUUGAAGGGGGAGGGCAAAAGAAACCAAAGGAAAGGAAAGGAAAGGAAGAGAAAAUCGGGGUACCGGUAUAGUAUACACAGGGUGGGUUAAAAUAUUAUGCAGGAACUCGCGACUCUUGGAUCCCCUGAUUGUUGGUGAUCUUCUUUUCUUCAUCUUCCGAUACCGUAGGUGGACACGACACGGCCGGAUUGAACCCAUUCCAAGGUGGACGGACAGACAUAAAUACCCGAGUACUUGCCCAUCUCGCGCUCCGUUUCGUGAUUGCUUGAUACUGCUCCCGAGGUUCAGUUUUUUUUUUCUUUUCACGUUGCUGACCGUUUCUUUGCUCCCGUUCCGCUCUCCGGGGAAGACCCAAUCAAUAGGAUCACGGUAUCAUACCCUGUGCCCAGCACAACGCCGUGUCCUGGUUGCCAACCACAGCGAUCGAUUCCUCAACAAAUUUUUAUUGCAAAACUCCGCUGUUAUCGAAACUUAUCUACUAACUUACCGGUACCGAUUCUGCACCGCCCGCCGUACGCGUAUCCUACCCACCACCACAUUCACCACCACCUCUAACCACCACCACCACCACCACCUUACGCCAACCUAUCACUACCCACCUCCCCACCCUCCCCCUCCACCAAAAACAUAACGAACCGUUCUACAAAGGAUCAAAAUUAAAAAAAUCGCAUACCGACCCGCCAAAAUGAGCAACGACCCCGCAAUCUUCGGCUUCACGGACAGCAACAUCAACACCCUACUCACACGGAACAAGAAUUGGGCGCAGCGCACCAGUGCCCUUAGGCCUGGCCUCUUCCCCUCGCUGGCGGACUCGCAGCACCCCCAAAUCCUCUGGAUCGGAUGCAGCGACAGUCGUGUCCCCGAGACCACAGUGCUCAACCUGAUGCCCGGAGAGAUCUUCACACAUAGGAAUAUCGCAAACCUACUGCCCAGCGGGGACUUGAGUUCGUUGAGCGUUAUCCAGUAUGCUGUCGAAGUUUUGAAGGUUUGUACCCCUCCCACCCCCCUCCGUACUUCCUCAUUACCGUGCAUUUGAACUGAUGAGACAUGCUAGGUUAAACAUGUAAUUGUCUGCGGACACUACGGGUGCGGCGGCGUUAUGGCUGCUCUUGGUAAUAAGAAGUACGGACUUGUGGACCAUUGGCUGCAGCACCUGCGCGACGUGCGCGCUGCGAACAAAGCCGAAUUGGCCUCGAUUAGCGAUCCGGCAAAGAGGGUUGAGAGGUUGGUCGAGCUGAACGUUCUUGCCCAGAUCAAUAACUUGAAGAGGCAUGCGAAUGUUCAGGAGGCGAUUAGGGAUAGGGGAUUGGAGGUGCACGGAUUUGUUUACGAUGUUUCCAAUGGCCUGUGCCAAGUUCUGGACGUGCCAAAGGAUCCCGAGGAGGUGGAAUAUGGCUUGGAGUAGUGCACUGGGUGCCCGCGAACUGAACUGAAUGGAUUGAGGGGAAUUGCCAUAACAGGGCUAUUAGGGGGUGACUAGGAGAGCAGUUCUUUGGCUUCGAAGGUGUAUUUUGCUUGAACCUUUCUCCUUAUCAUGUUUAUGGGGAUGUGAAUACGAAAUACCCCAUAGGAGCUACUAUUAUUUAGAGCCGGCGCACAAAUGAGCUAAUUUUACGAUAGAAAUAAAGUCAGUGGUGGGGGGGGCACAAUUGAUCACCCA